GUUUAUAGACCGAGUUCUUAUUUAUUUCACCUUGUUUCGCCCUAUAAUACCACCGGUUGAAGUUGAAAAAGAUGGCUCAAACAAUUGAGGGUGCCUCGGAGUGUGUGGAGGCGGUUCGGUUUAGUUUCAUGACCCAGGAAGAGGUCAGGAGGCACAGUGUUAUGAAGAUAACAAACCCCAAUUUGUUAGAUAGUAUGCAGAGCCCCGUAUCUGGAGGACUCUAUGAUCCAGCAUUGGGCCCAUUAGAUGACAAGACACCUUGUAAAUCAUGUGGCCAGCGUUCGUUCCAUUGCCCCGGUCAUUGUGGUCAUAUUGACCUCGUUUUAACAGUCUACAAUCCUUUGUUAUUUGAUACACUUUACAGUCUUCUACAACGGACCUGUUUCUUUUGCUUCCAUUUUAGGGCUAGCGGAGCUGAGGUCGAGAAAUGUGCUGCUCAAUUGGAACUGAUAGCUAAGGGUGACAUUGUGGGGGCCAAAAGGUUGGAUUCAAGCUCACCAAGUGAAUCAGUGGAUUCGGAGGACAGCGAUGGGAGCCAUGUAUCAUGUUCUACCAGUCAUUUGGGUGCACAAAAUUAUAGCUCAGAGGCUCAAAGGCAGCAAGAAUGGACCUCUCUUCAGUUCACUGAAGCAAUGUCUGCUUUGCAAAAAUUUUUCAAGUUGAAAUAUACGAAAUGUAUGAAUUGCAAAGCCAAAAAUCCGAAGAUCAGUAAACCUACAUUUGGAUGGUUUCACAUGAAUGUUUCAAUUGAUGAAAUGGCAGAUAUAUUAGAUCUGACUGGUAUGUCAGGAUCCCAUACUAGAGCAAAUGUUAUUAGAGGUUGCAAGUUGGAGGGCCCAUUCAAUGGUGGAACUGAGGAGAGACCCUCCUCUGAAGUGCUAAAUGCUGAUGAACAUCCACGGGAAAUUGGGCUUGACACUGCUGAAACCAAUUCAUUCUCUGAUGUGAUUGAAGAAGCUUCUACAAAAAGUCAUGCAAGCGAAAAGGCUCGAGCUCCUGUUGAAUUCCUUAAGCAGAAUAAGUUCUUUUCAGGACCUAUUUUACCAUCUGAGCCAUCGAGACCUCACAACCUAUAUGAACUUGGAGUUGAACUCUGUAUUUGUCUCCUUUCACAGGUUAUAAAUAUUGUCAAGCGUUUGUGGGAGAAUGAGGCCUACCUCUGCUCAUUUAUCUGUGAUAUUCAGCAAGGGCGCCUAAAUACAUCUGGCAAGAAGACAGGUCACUCUAUGUUCUUUCUAGAGGCCAUUCUCAUCCCCCCUAUCAAAUUCCGCCCUGCAACCAAGGGAGGUGAUGCUGUGAUGGAGCAUCCUCACACGGUUUUGUUAGGCAAGGUGCUGCAGUCCAAUAUAGCUUUAGGGAAUGCUCGUGUUAACAAUUCAGAACCUUCGAAGAUUGUUAGUCGCUGGAUGGAUCUUCAACAAUCUGUAAAUGUGUUGUUUGAUAGCAAGACUGCUGCAGGUCAAGGUCAAAGAGAUGUUUCUACUGGAAUAAGUCAGUUGCUGGAGAAGAAAGAGGGUAUCUUUCGCCAGAAAAUGAUGGGAAAGAGGGUUAAUUAUGCAUGCCGGUCUGUCAUAUCUCCAGACCCUUAUUUGGCAGUCAACGAAAUUGGAAUUCCUCCGUACUUUGCUUUGAGGUUAACCUAUCCAGAGGUCUCUAUCACUGUAGAAUUUGGAGGCUGGUCUCUGAGUUCCAUAAUUGUAGAUGUGGUGGCUGUGAUUUAUUGUCAACAUUAUAAAAUGAGCUUGAAUUCUAAUGGUUGCUCUCAUGGUAAUCCUGUCUCUAUCACUGUAGAAUUUGGAGGCUGGUCUCUGAGUUCCAUAAUUGUAGAUGUGGUGGCUGUGAUUUAUUGUCAACAUUAUAAAAUGAGCUUGAAUUCUAAUGGUUGCUCUCAUGGUAAUCCUGUUCAGUUAGGGUUUGGAGGUAUUCCUAGGAAUUGUGAGAUUUGCUUAUUGGAUUGUUGGAUUAGUGUAUUUGAUGGAUUCCAAGAUCCCAUGUUGGCUAGGCCUCAUCGAUGCCUCAGUUUGGGAACUCAGAGGCAGCCAUUUUUUGGCUAUGAAAGGGAGUCCAAUGUAUCAUCUUUACUGGAGAAUGCUGUUCUUCUGCUUAAUUGUUGUGGUGAGGGUGCUGGGAGAUUUCAUAUAAUGAACUUAAUGCCCUUCAAAUCAUGGAGGGAUGCUAGUGCUUUGUCUUUGGAUGGCAAUGUUGGGUCUCUGAGAGUGACUCAUUGGAAUGUUGUGAAACUGAGGGAUGCCAUUGUUAAUGGCUCUGAAUUCCAUCCUGGAGCUACACAUUAUGCUGAUAAAGUAUCUACAGUGAGACUACCGCCGAGCAAAAAGAUGCGCAUUGCAAUUUCUAGAAAAUUGCCUUCAUCCAGAGGAGUGGUUACCCAAUCUGCUAAGAUCUGUGACUAUGAAUUUGAGGGCAAAACUGUAUAUCGUCACUUGCAGGAUGGGGAUAUCGUGCUCGUAAAUCGGCAGCCUACUCUCCAUAAGCCAAGUAUAAUGGCACAUGUUGUUCGUGUACUGAAAGGGGAGAAAACUCUUCGUAUGCAUUAUGCAAAUUGCAGUACCUACAAUGCUGAUUUUGAUGGUGAUGAAAUGAAUGUUCAUCUACCUCAGGAUGAAGUUUCGCGUGCUGAAGCUUAUAAUAUUGUAAAUGCUAAUAACCAGUACAUUGUUCCAACAAGGGGUGAUCCUGUUAGAGGCUUGAUUCAGGAUCAUAUUGUAAGUGCAGUGCUGCUUACAAUGAAGAAUACCUUUUUAACUCGUGAUGAGUACAAUCAGCUUCUUUAUGGUUCUGGUGUAUUUUCUGUGCCCGGUUCAUUGUCUGCCAAUCCAUCUCGGAAAAUUUCUGUAGUAGAUUCUGAAGGUUCGAUGCUGCAUGUUCUGCCUGCAGUGUGGAAACCCAAGCCACUUUGGACAGGGAAGCAGGUCAUAACGGCGGUGUUAAAUCAUAUAACUCAAGGUUACCCACCAUGUACAGUUGAAAAUGAGGGGAAGAUCCCAAAUAUAUAUUUUACAAGUAAGAAUGGUAAAAAUCUUUCAAGCAAAGUUGAAGAAGAUAAUGCUGAAAAUAAGUUGUUAAUAUGGAGGAAUGAGCUCGUGCAUGGUGUGAUUGACAAGGCUCAGUUUGGAAAGUAUGGUUUGGUUCAUACGGUACAGGAGCUCUACGGUUCAAACAGUGCAGGCAUUUUGCUUUCCGUACUCAGUCGGUUAUUUACUAUUUUUUUGCAGAUUCAUGGGUUCACAUGUGGGGUGGAUGACCUUAUGAUAUUGCCACAUUCUGACAUCCAGAGGCAGGAAAGACUAGAGCAUGAAGAUGUUGGUGAAGAGGUUCAUUGUGAAUUUGUUAAUUUCAAAUAUGGUGAAAUAGGCCAAACAGAACUGCAGCUGGAGACUGAGAAAGCUAUACGCAGUAAUGGACAAUCUGCCAUAGCUUACUUGGAUAUGAAGAUGAAGAAUAAACUUAAUGAAAAAACUUCCCAGAUCAACAAAGAAUUGUUGCUAAAAGGUUUAUCAAAGCCUUUUCCAAAGAACUGCAUUUCACUCAUGACAAUAAGUGGGGCAAAGGGUAGUACGGUUAAUUUUCAACAAAUAUCUUCUUCUCUGGGCCAACAAGAGUUAGAAGGCAAACGAGUGCCACGAAUGGUUUCUGGAAAGACAUUACCCUGCUUUCCUCCAUGGGAUUUUGCAUCCCGUGCAGGGGGCUUUAUUACUGAUCGAUUUCUUACUGGUCUUCGGCCUCAAGAGUAUUAUUUUCACUGCAUGGCUGGUCGCGAAGGGUAA